GGAAGAUACAUCCUUGAUAGAUUAAUGUAUUUUAAGUAAUGAAUUGCUUUUGUUUCAACUGUGUUAACUAUAUUACCUGUAAGUGUUGCCAUGUUAAUUUAAUUUCGUGGUAGAAAGCCGAAGGUUAUUAACGUUAGAGAUGGGAAUUGAAGGAUUUAGGAAAUAAGUAGCAUAAAUAAGCUAGCGCUAGCUCGUUUUAGCAUUCCAACGUUAGCUAAAAGGCUAGCUUUAUAUAGUUUUAAUUCAUUAAUGGCUUUUGUUUAAACUGUUAUAGAUUGUCUAUGAGUGUUGCCAUGUUAAUUGCAUUGCGGUAGAGAGCUGAAGGUUAUUAACUAGCUAAUAAGCUCCUGUUACCAACCACCCUUAUCCCUAUUACAUCCACCUCUACAGUACCUGCUUUAAUAAUAAACCAACGGCUCUUUUAAGAGCCACUCCUAAUAUUUUCAAGACACACACACACACACAGACAUUUUCUCUCUCUCUCUGUCUCUCUCUCUGUCUCUCUCUCUCUGUCUCUCGUUCACUCUCUCUGUCUUGCGCUUGCGCCAGCGCUGCGAUCUCCUCUAGAAGGCCUACUGUCUUCAAAAAUGCCAGGUCAGGGGACAACUUUAAGAAAGUGUGUGGUCUGCCACACAGAAAUCAAUGUCGCGUGCAAAACUUGCAAGGCAUGCAAAGCAAAGCAACCUCAAAAGCUAAGGCUAAAAAAAAAAUUAGACAAAUUUGAUGAAAAGCGGGAGAGCUGGGUCCAUACCCACCAAAAAAAUCGGACCACCUCCCACAUCGUGGAUGAAGCUUCUAUGCUGCUUGAAAAAUUGCAGGCCCUGGGUGUAAGGGCUGUAAUAGUUUUGUCCAAGCCCGGAAGAAAAGAGAAUGCCUGGGUUUCAGAGGUUUUGGCACCCCGUUGUCAACUGACAGACACUUCUAAAAAGUGUCUUGAAAGAAUAAAGACACUCUAUGAACUUGUUAUUCAAGGCUGGACCCCACAAGUUGCUGCAGGACAUUCAUCAUCCCCAGUUGAACCUCAAACUACACCUCAACUGGCUCCACCAACAACACAGGUUGCUGUUGCCCAGCCUCAUCCCCCUGCAGCUCCACCUACACCUCAACUGGCUCCACCAACAACACAGGUUGCUGUUGCCCAGCCUCAUCCCCCUGCAGCUCCACCUACACCCCCAAAGUCUUUGAUUUUAUCAGUAGCCUCCACUGGAGCCUCCCAAGUUUGUCAAGAAAAAGGUGACAGUGUUGAAGGAGGCUGUCCAGCUCCCAGUAGAGUGGUGUCACGUAAAAGAAAAGAAUGCCUACACACACUGACAGGGAGCCAGGAUUUUUACCCUGUGAAGAGGGUUGCCAAAUGCAAAGUUGUUAAGGUUAAUGAUAAAUAAGGCAUCACGUAGCUCCUUCCGUUGUCAUAAGAAAUUCAAAAUUAAAUUAAGUGAAAAUAU